UGCUGUGUGACUGGCUGGCAUCCACACUAAGUAGAAUUUAAGGGUUUUAGUCAUUAUACAUCAGCUGCCAGGGCUAAUGGAUACAAUCAUCCUCGGAAAACAUGCUCAAAGGAAAAAGAAUCGGCGCAAGACAUCGUUCACACAAUGGGCUCUGCGUUGCCAGCUGUCACUGACAAACCCGAAGCCUUCAGCGACCAUGCGCAUCCUCCCAAAGAUUCAGCUCCUUCCCGGUGUCGUUCUCUCGACGAGAUCUCUUUACGCAGAGAGAGAGCGAAAGAGAGAGCGAGAGAGGGUGGGGGUAAGUGGAAGAGGAAGAAUGAGGAAGACGAGCCUCUCUCUCUCUCUCUCUCUCUCUCUCUCUCUCCACUCCGGUCCCAACCCAAGCACACAUGCGGGCUCUGCUGAUGAAGCUCCGCCGCGGUCAUUCAGGUCGCUCCGGAGGCGCUCCAUGGAAACACGCCGACCGCACUCUCGCCACCAACAACAGAUAAACAAACAAACACACCAGGAAGCUGCAGGAAGAAGAAGAAAAAAGUGCCCGUGUGCAUGGGAAUUCGGACCGGUUUGCCUCCCCUCCACUACUAACACCACCACCACCACCCCCUCCUCCUCCUCCGCCUCCUCCUCCUCAGACUUGUGUGUGCCUUCGCUCGGGGGCCCCGUCCGCCGUCUCGGUGGUUAUAAGAGAAGCUCCACUCGGCUCACCUCCACUCGGCUCACCUCCGCUCGGAUCACAGCUCGGCGAGGAAGGUUCCUCAUCGAUCGUCACCUCGCGUCUCCGAUUCAGACGUCAACAUGGCCCCGAAGCUGUCAGUCAUCGCCCUUGUUCUGCUCGUCAGGCUUCAGCCUUUGCUGGCCGGUGCGCCCCCUGAGCCCAGCUUAGGCAGCUCAGUGUCGGCGGUGUCCACUAAUAAAACGGAGUGCAGCAAACCAGAAGAGUGCACGCCCGGCGUCAUGCUGCCCGUGUGGGAACCCAUGAACCCGUCAUUUGGCGACAAAGUAGCCCGGGCGACUGUGUACUUUGUAGCUCUGGUUUACAUGUUCCUGGGCGUGUCCAUCGUCGCCGAUCGCUUCAUGGCGUCCAUCGAGGUGAUCACCUCACAGGAGAAGGAGAUCACCAUCAAGAAACCCAACGGAGAGACCAGCACCACCACGGUGCGCAUCUGGAACGAGACCGUGUCCAACCUCACCCUAAUGGCCCUGGGCUCCUCGGCUCCGGAGAUCCUGCUGUCUGUUAUAGAGGUGGUGGGCCACGGCUUUGACGCCGGCACCUUGGGUCCCUCCACCAUCGUGGGCUCGGCCGCAUUCAACAUGUUCGUCAUCAUCGGUAUUUGCGUUUGGGUGGUGCCUGACGGCGAGACCAGGAAGGUCAAGCACCUGCGGGUGUUCUUUGUCACCGCUUCCUGGAGCAUCUUUGCCUACAUCUGGCUCUACCUGAUCCUGUCGGUCAUUUCGCCCGGCGUAGUGCAGGUGUGGGAAGCCCUGCUUACCUUCUUCUUCUUCCCAAUCUGCGUGGUGUUUGCCUGGGUGGCCGACCGACGUCUGCUUUUCUACAAGUACGUGUAUAAGCGCUACAGGACGGGCAAGCAGCGCGGCAUGAUCAUCGAGACCGAAGGCGACCGGCCGCUUCCUUCUAAGGUGGACAUCGAGAUGGACGGCAAGAUGCUCAACUCUCACGGAGUCGACUUCCUGGACGGCCCGCUGGGUUUGGAUAUCGACGAGAAAGACCUGGACGAGGAGGAAACCCGUAGAGACAUGGCCAAGAUUCUCAAGGAGCUCAAACAGAAGCAUCCAGACAAAGAGGUGGAGCAGCUAAUAGAACUGGCCAAUUACCAGGUUCUGAGCCAGCAGCAAAAGAGUCGGGCUUUCUAUCGCUGCCAGGCCACCCGGCUCAUGACGGGCGCGGGCAACAUCCUGAAGAAACACGCCGCCGACCAGGCGCGCAAGGCCGUCAGCAUGCACGAAAUGUGUUCCGAUGCCGGCGACAAUGACCCGAUUUCCAAGGUGUUCUUCGAACCCGCCACCUACCAGUGCCUGGAGAACUGCGGCACGGUCGCAGUGAACGUCAUGCGGCGCGGCGGCAACCUGGCCAAGACCAUUUCCGUGGAGUACCGGACCGAGGACGGCACAGCCAACGCCGGCUCGGACUAUGAGUUCACCGAGGGCGUGGUGGUGUUCAAACCUGGCGAGACGGUCAAAGAGAUCCGCGUGGGAAUCAUCGAUGACGACAUCUUCGAGGAGGACGAGAACUUCCUUAUCCACCUGUCCAACGUAAAAGUCCUGACGACAGAAGGCGAGGAGCCCACGGAGGACGAGUCGGCUAACCACGUGGACUCGGUGGCCUGCCUGGGCCUGCCGGCCACAGCCACCGUCACCAUCUUUGACGACGACCACGCCGGAAUCUUCACGUUCGAGGAGCCCGCGUUCCACGUGAGCGAGAGCGUGGGCACCAUGGAGGUGAAAGUGCUGAGGACGUCGGGCGCCCGCGGCGUGGUCACGCUGCCCUACAAGACGGUAGAGGGGACGGCGCGGGGCGGCGGCGAGGACUUUGAGGACGCACACGGCGUACUGGAGUUCCAGAACGACGAGAUCUUGAAGAGCAUAACGAUUAGGAUCUUAGACCGUGAGGAGUACAAUAAGCAGUCCUCCUUCUACCUUCUACUCGAAACCCCCCAGUGGAGGAGAGGCAGCGGGACAGAGUGGACAGGUGAGAAGCUGCAGCAGAAAGAGGAGGCGAUCGUGGAGGAAGAAGAAGCUCUGACGGGGAUGGACGAGGAGGAGAGGCGCAUCGCCGAGAUGGGUCGCCCCAUGCUGGGAGAUCAUGUCAAACUGGAGGUGGUCAUUGAGGAAUCCUACGAGUUCAAGAACACAGUGGACAAGCUUAUAAAGAAGACCAAUCUGGCUCUGCUGGUGGGGACCAACAGCUGGAGGGACCAGUUCAUCGAGGCCAUCACGGUCAGCGCAGGUGAGGACGACGACGAUGACGAGUGCGGCGAGGAAAAGCUGCCAUCGUGCUUCGACUACGUCAUGCACUUCCUCACCGUCUUCUGGAAAGUCCUGUUCGCCUUUGUGCCACCUACCGACUAUUGGAACGGCUGGGCGUGCUUCGUCGUGUCCAUCUGCAUGAUCGGGCUGCUCACCGCCUUCAUCGGCGACCUGGCGUCUCACUUUGGCUGCACCGUGGGCCUGAAGGACUCGGUCACAGCGGUGGUGUUUGUCGCCUUGGGAACGUCGGUACCAGACACUUUUGCCAGCAAGGUGGCAGCCAUCCAGGAUCAGUACGCCGACGCCUCCAUUGGCAACGUGACAGGCUCCAAUGCUGUCAAUGUUUUCCUAGGCAUUGGGGUGGCGUGGUCCAUCGCCGCAAUCUACCACCAGAGCAACGGCAACAUUUUCCGGGUGGACCCGGGCAAGCUGGCCUUUUCCGUCACGCUCUUCACCAUCUUUGCCUUCAUCUGCGUCGCCAUACUGAUGUACCGGCGGCGGCCCGAAAUUGGCGGCGAGCUGGGCGGGCCGCGGACUGCCAAGGCCCUGACCACCAUGAUGUUUGUCAGCCUUUGGCUCCUCUACAUCCUCUUCUCCUCACUGGAGGCCUACUGCCACAUCCAGGGCUUCUAAGAUGGUGAAAUACGAUCCAGAAGGGGGAGGGGGGAUUUCAGGGGGCGGAGUCAAGGUGGCCUACUCGGUCUAUCGUUCCCUCUCUUUUUGCGGAUCGACUGGCGGCUGAAUGGAUGAAGGAGCGAAGGAUGCACCGGUGCAUCUGAAAACACAAGCGAAGGAAAACGUGGACGCGGAAUCACACCGGAACUAUUCGAAUGCAUUUCUUCAUUUAAAACAAAAGCCACUAAGAAAAAAUGGUCUUAAAUUUGCCGUCCGUAGAGUUCGCGCACCAGGUAGAAUUUUCCAGACUGAUUUGUUGCGUUUGUGACUCCGUGCAUGAGUGGACGAUACUGACAAUAUGACCACAUGAGAGCCAGUGUGUGUGUGAGGGUGUGUGUGGGACAUCACUGCUGCUUAGGGACUCAAGUACUGAGUAGUCAAGUACUGUGAAAACAAACAACAAGAUAAACUCGCCUCUUUGGUUUUUGCGCCGCGAGACUGAAAAUGCUUUUAAGUAUUCAACGCGUUGGUUUUUUUCCAUUGGCCUGUAGAAACGCCGAGUCGUCGUCGUCCGUGAGAUAUGUAAAUAAAGCCCAGCUUACUCACGAGUUGCGUUCGCAGUUCGAAGCGAAUGUUUUUCCCCGGUCGCGCUGGACCCCUUUUCUCUUGCUUUAUACUGUAGAAUGCGGUUCUGACAAGACAACAAGAGCUUAUAUACCUUUAAUCAGGCCUCGUCUGAUCGGACAAAAUGGCCACUAUACCGUUUAAAACUGUUAAGAGUAUUACAAGUGCAUAUAUAUAUAUAUAUAUGUAUAUAUAUAUAUAUACUUUAUAUAUUAUAUAAUAUAUAUAUAUAUAUAUAUAUAUAUAUAUAUAUAUAUAUAUAUAUAUAAAUAAAUAAAUUAUGUUUGUUCUCACCUAGUGUAGAUGUAAAAAUACAAAUAACAUUAAGGUACCACCCUUUGUCUCUUGUUUUCCACGUGUUCUUAAACCAAAACCCUACUACACUCCUCCACACAAUCGAUGGACCAUUCCAAAUCCUUAAGGGCUGACCUACAUUUAUUACCACCUUACCCUUAACCCGAACUUGUUCCCUUGCUUGUAGUUUUGUCUACGGGGUACAAACCUGAUAACAAUGGCUAAAGCUGAGGUUGCGUAAGACGGGACAGCCCCCCUCAAAAAAGAUUCCAGCUGUUGAGAGUAAAGGUUUUCUGUCAUUCUUAAGCCCAAAAGUAUUUUGACCAAAUGUAUUCAGAGACCUGGGAACUUUUUAAAAUGGUGAAAAAAUCUGGAGUCCACACCCCCGAUCAUCUACCACAGCUCGUCCUGGAAAAAUGGAUGCUUACGUUAGCUCAUGUCGUUCUUAUUUACAAAUGAUCUUAAAUCCUACUGGUGGCUGAAAUAUAUCUCAGAAAGUUGCCGCGGGGCUUUUCCACACAGCAACAACGAGGCGCUCUAUAACAGCCAAGUGUGUCUAGGUACUGUUUUAGCCAUGCCCCAAAAAAUCUGAAAACUGAAUUGUUAAUUGUUGUCUUUGCACGUGUUCAGCACUUAAACAUAAUUAGAAACAAAUCUCUAAAAUCUCAUUUCAGGGUUUUUCAAGUCUUUCUUAUCAAUUUUGUGACGGAAACUGAUGACGGGUAAAUUGUUCCAACUUUUGUUUCAAUUUGUUGAAAUUGUUUCUAAUUUAAUGAUGACCGAUGUCAUUGGGCAGAAUUUUCCCGAUGAUAUGUUCUUUUACUUGAUAUCUUAUUUUAAAGAUAGAAUUUGCAAUUAGAAGUGUCAAUCAAUUUUCAACACAGCUCUAUGUAAAACUGGAGGUGAGUUUGGCUUAAAUAUCUUAAAAAUACAACUCUGGAACGACUUUCCUCCUCUUUAACGACUGAAUUCACUCAUGGUCAUAACAACGAUAAUAAUAAUAUACGUCCAACUCUUGCAUGAUGCACGACUUUUUCCCCCGUUUGGAAUUCUCCUUGAAGGCCUUCGAGUGGCAGUUUACCCCUGUUUUUGUCAAAGGGAAAUAUUUCUAUGCGAAUAUUGACUGUACAAGGCUUUUCUAGCCGAGGGGUUGUUUUCGUACAAAAACCACACACAGACAAAAUCGAUUCACCUUCUUAAGAGCUUGUGAGAACCUUAACCACGUUGAAAAUUUCAAUAUGUAUUUGUCUCUUCACUGGCAUGGAGCUGAAGGUUUAUACACUGUAAAAAGUUGUGCUUAUUUGUGGAGGCUGUCACUUUUUGAGUAACUUCAACUGUUAGCUUUGGUGGUAGCUUCAUGUGGUUGGACUUACUGAAAAUGUGCACGCUUGCCAUAUUUGUUGGAGCGCAGGAAUGAAAAGCUUGUAGUCACGUGUUCAUAGUUGUUUGCAUCAAAUUAGCUAGUUAGCCUUUGUCUUGUAAUGGGGAAUGAAAUGAUUUUGCUAUUGUUCCAUGACGAUUCUUUGAGUCCAAACACUCUCUGCUGGAGAUGAUGCUGUAUUUGAGACCGCUGGGAAUUUGAAGUUAGAAUGGUCACGCACCCGAAAAUAAACACACGCACUUAACCGGACCAAAUAUGGCAAAUUAAUCAUCAAUUGGGAUACAGCACUUAACGAUGGACAUUAACAAUAGAUUUGUGCUUUUUCUCAAAACUGUAACUCAAAAAACACAUUCAUUUGGUUUUAUCUUUGAAUGUCUUUAAUGAUGGCAAAGAAAAACAUUUAUGACCAUAAUGGGAGCCAAUAAUAACUCAUCUGUGUGUUGUCCAUUUCCCAAGAGUUCUUAAAUGCAGCAUUAGCCCAAGCUAGCAGUGAUGCUAACAGAGCAGAAGUGGACCGUUUAUUUUAUCAAUGAAGGAAAAAGAUUUGCACUGACUCUGUGGCUUUUGUGAAAUGGCUACUGCUCUAAUGUUAGUUUUCCUUUCUAAUGUCAAAGUUGCUUACAAUGUAAACAACCACCUUGUACUUAAUGUAAAGAGAAAAAAAAAAUACGGAGAAAACUACAAAACGACGCAAUUGACCUCCUGGUGAACUUCCUGACUGAUUUGAGAUAUGGAUGAAUGAACGGACAGGAACGGGAACCGGGACGACGGCGUGAAACGAUACCAAACAGGAAGCGGAGGUGGGGGGGAAAUGAAGUUACAGCCAUAUUUCGUUGAUUUGUGGGUCAGCGAGCAUAUGUGUGUAUCGUCCUGGUGUCUUAUCUGUCCUCCAUUGCUUUUGUCUUCACUACCGGAAAACUGAAAAUAAGGCAGCGACCAGUUUGUCUAUCUACAUCUAUCUCCAUGUUUUUUGGGAAUGUCGACGUGAUACUUGUGGACACAGUGCAUGAAUGCUAACGUGUGUGUACAUAGUAGAGUUAUAGAGAAUCGUAUCUCAUUAUUCCAAUUAAAAACAAACAAACAAAAAAAAUAGGUCUGAAUGCUGUACAGAUUCAGGAUUUCUCUUCACUUUCUUGAUCUAAAUUGUUUUGGGAGGAAAUUGCACAUUGCAGCAAAGGCGUAUUAAGGCCACACAGCAAAGAAAUAAAAAAUGCACAUGAGAACAAAGUUGAAUGUUUUCAGGAUUUAAGUCACAUGUUCUUGAGGGGGAUUUUUUUUUUUUUAGUAUUGUUUAUUGAUAUCAAGUUUAAUAACCAAAAGUUGUUUUUAGCUUGCCAUCACAGUAUCAAUGAAAUAAUAGUUUUUGUAAGAAAUUGUGGCAUUUUUGUGUUUUUUUUUUCAAAAUGUGACUUAAGCAACGAUGCUCUUAGACUGACAAUAUAUGACUUCAUCCUUGUACAGCUAAUACUAUCAGCUUCAAAAUAAAAUUUCUCAAAAAUAAACAUUAAUAUCGAUAAAUUAUGACUUAUCUAUUUUUUUAGAUAAAUGCUUCUCAUCUGGAAAAUAUAUUUUCUUUACCACGUAAAUUGAUGUGUAUGACUUUACUCUCGGAAAAUGUAAAUUUUGUUCAAAUUUCAGAACAUUAUACUUUACAUUUUAUAUAUUAGUCAUAAUUUUACAUUUCUUUAUUGAUAAAAAGUUGUAUACAUGACAAUACUGAAGUUAUUUUUUUUCCUCGAAAUAAUAUUUGACUAAUAAUUGACUUUGUAUCGCAAAAAUUUACAACUUUUAAUCAUCGAAUAUAUGACUUCAUUCUCAUUAAAUUAAAAAGUUUCAAAAUUGAGCAACUUUAUUCUCGUACAAUUACGACUUUAAUCUUGAAAAUAUACAAAUCUUUAUUCUCACAAUGUAUUUUUUCCUCAUUUCAAUGUGGUCCUAAUUCUCCUUCAUACAUUUCAGUUUUUGGUCCUUCAAAAAAAAAAAAGAGGGAGGGGCAAUAUCUGCUGUUGUUGAAUGAUAAAGAUGGCUGGGACUUCACGUAAAAGUUUAUUUUGACACAAAAGAAAUUUUAUUGUGUAUAUACUGUACAGUGUUAUUAAAAAAAUAAGCGCAGGUGGCUGUCAACGCCAGCCCUUAAGCGAAAUAUUUAUUAGGGGGGGGGAAGAAAGUCGGUGCAGUCAUCAAUGACGUUUAUUGCUUUGUGGGACGUUGCUUUGUUUUUUCACCUUUUUUGGAAUUUCCAACGGGCCUUUUUCCUCCAUUAUUUGUGUUGGUCUGUCUUCACGACUCACUCCAACAACUUGCUGUCGUUCCUAUCAUGCUUUGCGUCAUCCACUUUUCUCUCACAGUUUGCCACUUUUAAAUCAUCUUUGGUCAAAUAGGGACUUUGUUCUUUUGCCUCUGUCCUCUUUGUAUGUAAUCGUGUUUUUGGUUUUUGUUGAUUGAUUCUUAAUAUUAUUUGUCAGAGACCAACGGGAAAGUUCUUUGUGCGUUUGUUUGUAAGCGCGUGUGCGCAUGCGUGCGUUUGUGCGCGUGUGCGUGUUGCCACUAACUGUGACUGCUCUCCAUGGUACUGAUUAAAAAUCCAAUCAAAUAAAGUUUGAGAUACCCUGUUUCAGAGACA